ACACAGCGAGGGCAGAGGAGACAGACUGAGGAGGUGGACGUGCAGAACAGUGCCUCGACCUGGACUCGAACCCGCGCCGCUACGCUCUUUUACGUGCAUCGAUGUGACGUCGGAAGAAACGCUUCUGCCCAUGCUCACAAGGACAGGAGGCGAUCAGCCAGACUGCAGCUGAUAGAUGUGUUGUAGUGAUGUAAUGUUGCCUGUUUGGUGACUACGGAUGGCUGUUUGUGCCAGGCUCUGCGGAGUGGGUCAGUCGCGGAGGUGCAGGAGGCGACAGCGGCAGAACCAGCAGGAUCAAGGCAGCGAUUCCGACAUGGACGAGGAAGAAGAGGAGCGGAUCGUGGGCCAGAGGCAAGGCGACGUCGGCGGCGGCGGUGGAGGCCCGGAGAGCGGCGUCGCCACUGCAGGGCCGAGUGACGCUUGUGAAUAUGGCAGCGGUCAUGUCAACAGAAGAGGCUGCCCGGAGCGCACAAGCACGGGACCUCCACACCCGCAAUCAUUAGCGGAGCUACCUCCGGAGCUCCUGGUGGAAAUAUUCUCCUUGCUACCCGGGACAGCGCUGCCAAAUGUCGCCCUCGUCUGCAAGAAAUUCAAACAAAUCCUCCACACCGAGACGAUCUGGAGGAGGCGAUGCAUGGAAGAGUUUGGUAUGAAGGAUGAUCUGAGGAAGAUGGAGGUUGGAGGUGUAUCCAGCCGGGACCUCUACGUUAAAUGUGUCAACCCGCGGGUGAAGUCUGGGCGCUUUAUGAAGCUCCUCCCGGACUACGAGCACAUGGACUAUAGAGACGUGUAUACACACUUGCUUCACCCGUACAGACAUAUAUUGGGCUUGUGGCAGCCUGACAUAGGCCCAUAUGGGGGAUUGCUCAAUGUUGUGGUGGACGGGCUCUUCAUCAUCGGCUGGAUGUAUCUGCCGCCUCAUGACCCUCGUGUGGAGGACCCCAUGAGAAGACGGCCGCUCUUCCGCAUCCACAUGUGGGAGAGCAAAAAGGCCACUGUGGAGUGCAUGUACGGACACAAAGGUCCCCACAAAGGAGAUAUUCAGACUGGGAAGAAGGACGAGUUUUCAACAAAGUGCAACCAGACUGAUCAUCACCGCAUGCCGGGGGGCAGACAGGAGGAGUUCAGGACAUGGUUGGAGGAAGAAUGGGGCCGGACGCUGGAAGAAAUCUUCCACGAGCACAUGCAGGAGCUCAUCCUGAUGAAGUUCAUCUACACCAGUCAAUACGAUAACUGCUUGACAUACCGGAGGAUAUACCUGCCUCCCACGAUGCCGUCUGAUCUGCUGCAGCCGGGCCUCUUCAAAGGCACCUACGGCAGUCACGGCUUGGAGAUCGUCAUGCUCAGUUUCCACGAGACUUCUGCGAGAGCCACCAAGCUCACUGGAGACCCCAAUGUUCCUGCGGGCCAACUCACUUUGGAUGUUGACCUGAGCCGGCCCGUGGUCCUCCCAGACUUGGAGCAACAGCGCAACAUAGAGGAGCUGUCCCGGCUCGUACUGGGGGUACAUGAGGAAGUACAGAGAGAAGCGGAACAACGGGCCAAGGGCGCUUCUGCCACAGCUGGAGGUGCAGCAGAGGGGGCCUGUGGCAGCACCAGUGCAGAAGCAGGAGUGGAGGCAGACCACGGCGUCUGUUUAGACAGCUGCCAGCCCGAACCCAGCAGCACCACCACCAAUGUUGAUGAAGCCAAGCCCUUCGUCCUGCCCCUGGGGGUUACGGCUCGCAACGAGGUGUACCCUCGCACCUGUAGGAAAUGCUUCUAUGGGACAGGCCUGAUUGCUGGGCAUGGCUUCACCAGUCCGGAGCGCACCCCGGGGCUCUUUGUGCUGUUUGAUCAGGACCGUUUUGGUUUCAUCUGGCUGGAAUUGAAGUCUUUCAGUCUGUACAGUCGCCUGACGGACAACCUGGCCCACGCUCACGCCCCAAACAUGGAGCGAUUUGAGGCCAUGCUGCGCAACAUGCAGUCCUGGACAUCCUGAUGCACCACGCUUUAAGUCCCCCUCCCACAAAACCAUGACACACGAAUCACCUCUGUCCUCCGCUGGAAAUGUUACUAUGACGAUAGCUCAUGAUCUUAACUCUCCAGGUUCCGUCUGUUACCCAAACGCGUUGGGUUUUACUGUGUAAUUAAGCAAGUUAUACCACCCCAAUCACUUGGAAAGGCCCCCCCCCUCCCCAAGACACCAUUCAUCACCUCACCCCAGUACGACCUUAAUCCUCCCGUGCAGCAUGAUUAACAGGUUACAUAAAUGUGUUUUUUUUUAUUUAUUUAUUUAUUCCCUGCAGGAGAAAAGGAAUGAUUAUUUGAAACCAACUAUAAUGGAUCAAACUGUAUGUGCCUCUGAUUCUAAAACCAUGUCUGUACUUGGUAGUGCUUGAAGAAGAUAAAGGUGUCCAAUGUAUUCCACUAUAUAGUAUUAUACCGAUUUUAGUGCCCAACAUAUUAAAACUGCAUGCUGCGUUUUUUUUAUUUAGAUCUAACUGCACUCAUAACACUCAUAACCAUUAUCUGAACAUGAUGUUUUAUUUUCAUGAAGCAGCAUGCCCCUUUUUCUUUUCUUUUUUUUGCUUUAGAGACAUUAGAAUUAAGAGAAACAAAAGACGGCAUCUCAGGUGCUUUUCUCUUCACCACAUGUCAGCGAAAAUCGAGACAGAAGUAUUAAUGUGUAUAACAGAAAUGUCAUUAAUAGUCCAGUAGGAAUACUGAGUUUUACAACCGUGCGAUUUUCUAAUCAUUGACAAGAGAUAAUUAGUUGUCUUAUCAAACACUGUAGCUAUAUCAGACUGACACCAGUUUGCCCUUUGAAUUCAAGAGAUAUCUUUUUCAGUGAUAUGCUUUGGCUCAUGGUCAUACAUGGAAGAUAAUAAAUGUCGCCACACCUGCCAUAGCAUUAUGUAAGUUGGAAAGAUGUAUUUUACUGCAAUAGAAUAAUGUAACCUAUACAUAAACUAAAUUCAGUCGAGAUAAUGCGGUUUAUGUGCUUAUGUAUUAUGAUCUGAAAUGUCUCUUUACCUUUUAAAAUGUAUUGCAUUUGUCGUUUGUUUAAAUGGCUGACGUGACGUUUGCCUGGCUUUAUUCCUGCAAAAAGCUAACCAGUUUUCCGAUUAAUCACAAACUUGAGACCAGGCUAGCUGAACAUUAUACGAACUAACAGCUCAAAGUGCAUCUCAAAGUACCCAGUAAGUGUCUGUAUGUCCCAUCACGGCCUGAUGGUGGUGCCCAGUAGCUUUCCUACUCCAAGUGCACUUUUCUGGGCAGUAUAGUGAAUCAUUCGAAACCACUGGCCAGCACUUUUCUAUCAAGACUGCAGCUUUACUAACAUUUGCAAAAAAAAUAAAUAAAAAAAUGUCUGCUCAAGCAUCAUCGACUUAAUUUAGUCACAUUUUAUUAAUUUCCCCUGCAAUGUACAGCAUUUGUUUGAUACAUUCUCCCCUCUGCAAGCCCUCUGUAUCCAGCUAUUUGAAUGAUUUGCCUUUGAAAAAUGUUGCUUUGUGCUAUUUUCGAUGUCAUACGCCUGUUUUGUGAAAAACUGAGUUUGCCUCAUUCAACUGCUCACAUCGGACUUCAGGGAGCUUUUCAGCUUAAGCGCUCUUCUCAGUAAUAAAAAAAAAAAAUUACAAAACUGAAAA